AUGAAUGUGUACUUUCCUAUUGUAUUUUUUCAAGAAGAAAGAUUGAAUCAUUUCGAAGAUAUUCGUCCAUUAAAUCCAUUGGUUCAAUAUGUUAUUUUCAUUGGUAUUGAUGAUUUAACAAUUGAAAUGCCUAUUCUUCACGAUGUAAUCAAUCUGUUAUGUGUUCAAUAUUCCAAUUUAAAGAAUUUACCUGAACAUAUUUGUCAAAAUGUUUCAGAUAUGGUUACUUAUCAGGAAAUUGUAUUGUCAGUUGAAUGUCUUCAACAUUUCUCUAAUUUGAAAAAUGUUUACAUUCCGGAAUGUUUAGCUUAUGCUGCUUGUUGGAAUGAAUUUAAAAAUCUUGGAAUAAAUUUACAUAUUGUACCUUUGGAAUUAAACGUAAAUAAAUCAGCUGACUUGAUUAUUGGCAUCAUUCUAUCCACACAUUAUGAUAUCAUGUCAAUUUAUAUGAGUGAACAAAAUCAGCCUAUAGUUAAACGACCAGCAUCAUCACCUUCACAAUCGACAAUCAAUCGGUUAUUGCAAAUAAAUAAAAAACUAUACAAUCACACUAAUGAAACUCCAUUCAAACAUACUACUAGUAAUAAUGAGCAGACAGUAGAAAAUAUUGUAUUGAAUAGUUGUGCAACUCAGUCAGAUACUGAUCGAAAUAUUCAGAUUGGUAUAAUUGGUUUAGGUCUAAUCAGUUUAACCGUGAUACGUCAACUAGAAAAAUUUAAUUAUACAAUUCGUGUAUUUGACAAAUAUUUACCCGAUGGAAUUGAUACUGUUUUGAAUUUGAAUUAUACAAGUAAUUCUGAAGAAAUUAUUAACAAAUCUGAUUGGAUUAUUUUUAUACAAGAAGCAAGUAUUAUGAAAAAUGUGAAAUUAGUUGAAAAUAAUGAUAUCUAUUGUCCAAUGACAACAGUAAAUGAAAUAUUUAAUGGCAAUAUAAAAACGAAAGUGAAAACUGGAUGUCAUAUAUUAUAUAUUAAUCUGGUUGACGAGUAUCCACAUGAAUUGAUUACAUUGAAUCAUAUUGUUCAUUCUGGAUAUGUAGCAGAUAUUUAUGUAUUAUUGAAGAAAUCAUGUGAAAAGUUAGCCGUCGAGUUCAAUAUUCAACGGUCACGAAAUUUAAUUUGUUUAAACAGUAAACUAAGUAAACUUCAAGUACAGUCAGAAGAAUUACGUAAAAGUAUGAGCCAAUUUCUUCGAAGAAAUCUGCUUAAAAACUUUAUACAUUCACCUAAAGUCAAUGAAUUGAUUCAAGUUGAUGAGUUUAGGUAUAAAAAUGAACCAGGUUUUGAAUUUACUCCAAAUAAUCAAAAAAUGAAUCCUGUAAUAAAUACAUCGAAAAAACAUGCAGACGUGCAUCAAGAAUUAUCAUUUCAUGAAAUAAAAAAGCCUCUAACAUUUGGUAUCAAUUCAUUAGUCGCUCCAAAAACAAUAAAACAUUAUCCUACACCUUGUGGACAACUAUGA